UAACGUCACAUCCUGUCUCCCUGUGCUGCUGACGCUCUUCUAAAAUGGCUGCCGCGGCUCUAGUCGAACCCACUUCAGGUAAAGACGCUGUUGCCGAAGGGCUGCUCAAUCUCCUAAAACCAGCAAUUCAGCAGCUCGACUUGCAUGUACAUUCAGUCAGAGAAAGCCAGGUUGAAUUAAGAGAACAUAUAGACAAUUUGGCUACAGAGUUAUGCAGGAUAAAUGAACAUCAGAAGGUGACUCUAGAUCUGGACCCUUAUGUAAAGAAGCUGCUGAACGCAAGGCGGAGAGUAGUUCUAGUAAACAACAUACUGCAGAAUGCUCAGGAACGUCUGAGGCGACUCAAUCACAAUGUGGCCAAAGAGACAGCACGAAGAAAGACCAUGCUGGAGACAUCAGGGGUGUUCACCUCUCGCUCCCCGAGCAAACCUUGAGCCUCCACGUCCUGCUCAGCACAGCGAAUACUGUGAGCCUCUCUGAUCUGGAGGGACACGUGAAUACAGGAAACUGCAACACCAGGAGGGCCAGUCUUUGACAUUCACUUACGUCUUUGUGUAAUAACUUGCUCUGCUUUUGUCGUAAUACAAAUUUCGGCUGCUGUGUGCUUACACUUAGGCAGAUUAUACAUAUCAUCACAAAAACACAAUGAUUAUCUGUUUUUUUUAAGUUUCUGUCUUCAGAUGAAGCUAAGUGUUCUUUGGCUGAGGGGCAUUUAUGUAAUAGGUCACAAGCACUGAUUCUACAGAUAAGAUAAAUACUUCUGUUUAUAAAGAAGUUGUCAGAAAAUUUUGUAGAAAAGACUGACCUUAACUCUAACCCUAUGUCAUGCAGGAUAGAUAAUUAACACAGCCUGAGAAUCCUGAUGCACUGUCUUAAAAAUGUCUUGAAGCGUUCUGCUCUCUGGGCUGAGAGAGCAAAUGUAAACUGUAAAUCCUUUGAAAAUUCAAGACAUUAGCUUGUUCUUAGUUUCCCUGCAAAAAGACGGACAGAUGUGUUCAACUCUACUUAUACAUGCUUGUUAUUUUCUGUUUUUGAAUGAUAUUUACUGCUUUGUUUAUUCAUCUUUAUCCAGUCGAUCAAUUUUUUUCAUUGCUCAUACCAACAUGCUGAUGAGAGUAACACAAAGGCAGAAGUUUUUUGCUUUCCACAUUUUUUGAUUGCCGGAAGACCAGUGCUAGUGAUUUACAUGUUUUUUGUUCAUCAUUAGAAACAUUUUACAGAGGAAAGAAGAUCACAAAAUAUAAAGUAGUUGUCCUAACGGCACUGUGAUGUGCUCAGCUAUUACCGUAUAACCUUGGAUAUCUGGUCAGAAUAGCUUUAUUUUUAGUGGCCCCUCUUCUCGCAUAUGUUGACCUCCAGGAAGGAAUUAAAUGAAUGUUUUAUUGACACUAGAUUUUUUUUUUUAAGUAAUUUGUUUUUGGAAAAUAUAGUAUCUUUACAUGUUGAAUUUAAUGCUCGUAUGGAGGCAAACUCCACAUUUCCCAAAGGUUCAUCUCAGUUGCUCCACUUCAGUAAUUCUUUGAAACUAUGGAAGUGAACCAAUGGAAUGUACUCUGUUGUGCUGUGAUUAUAACCCGAUUACAGAAUAAUCUCCAAUCUGCAUUGAAUAAAUUAUUGGGAAUCAACUGA